UGACAUUCCCCUCCCACUCGCCGGGAGUCCUUUAAAUGCAAGCGCUGUGCUUUAAAUAGCAGGUGUCAGAAACUGUCCCUGCAUACACACCCCUCAGACACCAUCAUCAUCAUCAUCGCCAUCAGCAACGCAAUGUCCACCGCCAGCGCUGAGACGACCGCACAGCUGCCCCCGGCCGCGGGAAGAGUGUUCUUUCAGCCCGGCGUGGGUUGCGCCGGUUCUGGACCGAUGCAAAGGGAUGACCCGGUGCAGAAAAAGCAAGGCAAAGUGACGGUGAAGUACGACAGAAAGGAGCUGCGGAAGAGACUCAUCCUGGAGGAAUGGAUCAUUGAACAGCUGAGCGAACUUUACGACUGUGAGGAAGAGGAAAUGCCAGAAGUGGAGAUAGACAUUGAUGAUCUCCUGGAGGUGAACAGUGAAGAUGAGAGAGCCGUAAAACUACAGGAAUCACUGUCAGACUGCUACAAGCCCACUGAUGACUUCGUGCGGGAGCUCCUCGGCAGGAUAAGAGGAAUGAGAAAACUCAGCGCUCCGCAGAAGAAAAGCUUUUAGGUGCUCGAAAAUGCCAACGACAAUCCAGCUACCUGGACUACAGGUCCCACAAUCCAUCACUCAGCCUAGAGUCAACAUACAGCCCCUCAAGGACUCCAUAUCCCAGGAUUCCUUUCUGGCCCAGAGUUCAUUAUCCCAACUUUGUUCAGUACACCCAAGCUGAGCGAUCCAUUUCACCUAGAUCACACAAUAAAUCCAAGAGUGCAAAGUUCAUCCGGGACGCAAUCUAAAACUCUCAAACAAUCUCAGCAGCCGAUCGGGACAACCUGAUGUUCCUGCCCUCAAAAUCUCAAUGGGUCUUACAGGACCAACACAAUAUUACACUGUUGAUGCAGUAUUACAGCUAUUUGUGUGAAACCACAACUGACUACAAAGCUAUUUUAUAUACAGUAUUAAUUAUAUUUUAUAGUGUUUUUCUUUUAAGCAAAGUUGUUCAAAGUCACAACCAUUUUUUUCUUAAUUAACAGACUUUUUAACACCUGUUGGCUUUUCCUGCUGAUCUCAGAAUAGUUUUUUGUUUUUGUCCAAUCACUGUCCUGUAGUGGUGGCCAAUAUUCACCAAUAUCUGUCCAGUUAAACUGACCUUCAUAAUUUUGCAAGUCAUUUCGUUAUAUUAAGUCUUGUAUACUGAAAAAUGUAUCAAAAUUAAGUGAAUUUAUGCUUGAAACAAGAACAAAUAUCUUAAUUUUAUUCAAAGGGAAAACAAGAUUUUUUUUCUGACCUCACUGGCAGAUUUUUUUCUUGUUUUAAGCAUAAACUCACUUAAUUUUGACAUUUUUUUCAGAAAACAAGACUUGACAUAUCAAGUAAUUUUGCUUCUCAAGUAAAUGUAUCUUGAUUUAAGAAUGUUUAGAUAUUGUACUGGAAAACAAGACAAAAAUCACAAACUAAUUGUGUAACGUUCAGUUUUAAGUCAUAUAAUUGGCCAGAAUACAUAUCAUUCUGUUAUAUUACCAUCAUAAUUGUUUUUUGAUAAUCUUUCAAGAAUGUUGAACCGUUAUUUGACAGGUUUGUGGUUAAAAUAACUACUUUCGUAAAGUGGAAUAUGAUUACGGUACUAUGUGAAAAGUUCAAAGAUUUUGAGUAGGAUGUGCUGCCAUAAAGUAAAGAAUUAAGGCUAUAUUCGGAAUUAAAUACUAUUUAUUAUGCGGUAUACACACUGAAUACCCUGUAAAUGGAGGGUCGAAUGCAUUGCAUUGACCUAUACACUGCAUAUUUUGGCAAAUGCAUUCAUGCAAUGUAGCAUACUGCUGAAUUAGUAGCUGAGCAUAGUAUUCUAGUAUGCUAUUGCGAACAUAGCCUGAGAUUUGAAUGCUUCUAAAAGACAACAAAGGGCUGCAUGACAGUAGAUCUUAUCAACAGACUUACUGUGAUGAUGGUUAGUGUUCAUCUAAUAAUCGAUUCUAAUGAUAGCUGGAUGAGGUAUCUAGUUCGACUCAAGCCAUUAUCGAAAUUACAUAAAUCUAGGCUUUAUCCUCAUACGGUUUCACACGGAGGCUGCCAAAGAAUAUACUGUAAAAUGGCGGAAUACUAGCGUAUUAUAAAGUGCUAUGGGUGUAAAUUGAUACAUGUAUAUUCGCUAUAAAGAACAUUUAAUCUUCAUGUCGAUCAGUGUCAUACUCAUGGGUCAAAAUUUGUGUUUGAUGGUUGUAUAACAAGGAAUCCAGGGGAAAAACUAUGGUGCUGUUUAAACUUUUAACCCUCUACAGCGUGGAUGGAUGAUGCAUUUUGCAGGCCGAGAGAGAGAGGGCAAAAAUAAAUAGAGAUUCGCUCUUGUUCUAAUACUCUGGAAGACUCUUCUAUUUUUAUGAUAUCGCAGUUUCUGUCGGCCUGCAUCUAGUGUCAUUGUGGAUUUUAAAGAGUUUGCGUGUUUGACCCUUCUCUCUGAGAAGAACAUUCAGGGUUUAGGCUGAUCUCUUUAUUUUAGUUUAUUAAGUUUUGUUCUAAAAUGUAUUUGAGUGUGCGAAAGCUUUAUUUAUGCAUGUUUUAUUGGCAUGAUAGGAACAUUUUGGAUUGCUUAUUAAAGCGAUGAUUUGUCUUUUUAUACAUUACAAGUAUUACUCUUAUAAAUAUAUUAAAUUCACUUUUUAUUCAUUUUUAAUGACUGUAUAUCUGCGUUUUGGGUGUUUUUAAUUGUUUUUCGUUUUUUAAAUAUAUGUAAAGUGUGGUCUUCUGUGCUGUUCUACUUACAAUAAAGGCAAAAUGUCUGAACUGUUAUAAUACACA